AGGGCACUUGAGAGCCGGACGAACACAGGACCGGAGGGAGCCCCUGCGGAAGAUAUCGUAUCAGACCUCAAAUAUUUUAACGGUCACCUCAUCAUCAUCAUCAUCUUCUUCUUCCUCCUCUCUACACCUCAAACGGUUUAUUCGAAUCAAAUCACUCACGAGGAGAUUUUGGUGGCUGUGAUGGACAACAUUGUAGAUGCUUUGAACAAUGCAUAUCAGGAAUUUGUUUCUGCUGCAGCCAGUGUGCUUGAAGCAAAGGAGAGUUCUGGUGCUCAGAAGACGGCAGCAACGGAUGCUGCUUUAGAAAAUUUUAAGCAGCGUUGGGAAUUAUUCAGGGUGGCCUGUGAUCAAGCAGAGGAAUUUGUGGAGUCGGUGAAGCAAAGAAUAGGAUCGGAAUGCCUAGUGGAUGAGGCAACUGGCUCUGUUGCUGGGAAGCCGGGGCAGGCUGUCACAACUGGUCUUCCCCCUAUUAGUGCAGUUCGGUUGGAGCAGAUGAGUAAAGCUGUUCGUUGGCUUGUGAUUGAACUACAGCAUGGUUCUGGGACUGCUGGUGGUCCAUCCCAUUCCCAUGUUUCUGCUCCUUUUGAUGCAAGAUUCUCUGAAGAUGCAGCUCAAUAGGUAGGGGUUGUGCAUAGCUGGCUUCCAAAGCAAGCAGCAGAAAACACAGAGACUUUUAAUAUCAUAGGUGAAUGAUACGCAACAUGAAGGAUGUGUUCCAAAUGCAAAUUUGAAUCUUUCUACUGGCUCUCUUCUAGGAGCUGAUGCUUGAGAGCUGCAAAAGGUGGCCAAUGCAAAUAUAAAAGAGACAGAAGCCGACUUGUAUGACAUGGGAGCUGUUUGGUAACGCAUUAUUUUCUGGUACUUGUUUUACUUCUGCAAUCUUGUUGCCACCAUCUUGCCCAUCCAAUCGUGUAUGUGGGUAAGCUUAAAUAACCACAAGAUUAUUAAAGCUUGUUCUGGAUCUUCCUAGAUAUUGUCUCAAAUUUGAAAAAAAAUUUAAAUAUGAAGACUCACACCUCUUUGAUCAUUCGACAUGAAGGAA